AUGGCGUCUGUUACGACCGAAUAUAUCAGCGUGGGAGGAAACCGGCACCCGGGGGCCGCGGAUUGGGAUGUCCAGUCGGGCGUGCUCGCCUUUGGUGCGGACAACAAUGUCGCCUUGUGGGAACCUCUUGAUGACUCCCACAGGGGCGUUUAUGCUCUGCUCGUGGGCCAUUCCGACAAAGUGAGCGUCGUUAGAUUUUACACCUGCCCCGCAUCAGGAACGAAGUUUCUCCUCACCGGCUCCGUCGAUCGUACAAUCAGAGUAUGGAAACAAGAGGCUGGCGAUUCGCGUAUUUAUAAACAAGCUGCUUCCCUAGAGGCCCAUCAGGGGUCAGUGAAUGCGAUUGCCGUGGCCAACGGGACGGAUAUCGUUGUGACUGGGGCCGCAGAUGGAACAGUUCGGAUUUGGAGAAUCAAUGCGCAGAACGAAUUGAAUUGCGAGUUGGUGGAAACAAUCACUAUGAAGCCUCGGUUCUUCCCGCUUACGCUGGCUAUGCGGGUCCUUGAGGGAGACAGUGGCAAGCCUUUGGUGCUGGCUGUGGCAGGCACUACCACAAGCGUACAAAUCUACGCUGCGGAAUCAUCCAUUGACAAGCCAAAUUUCCAGCGUCGGGCUGUGCUUUCGGGCCACGAAGCUUGGAUUCGAUCCCUUUCAUUCACGCAAGACAAACAAGGCAAGACCAGUGAUCUCCUGCUUGCUUCGGCUAGUCAAGACAAAUACAUCCGUCUGUGGCGAUUAUGUCAGGGUGAAGCACAGGUCCCUGCACCAAUUGAUGAAGAUGAUCCUUUGCUGGGUGGCAUGGAGCCUACUUUGUCGAAUAAAGCCCAUGAGUUUGAAGCAUCUGGAUCGAAGUACUCGAUCACCUUCGAGGCCCUUCUGUUCGGAAAUGAAGAUUGGAUCUACACCACUGCAUGGAAUCCCGAUCCGGCGCGAUCACAGCUCCUGACUGCAUCUGCCGAUAACACCGUCACAAUCUGGGAACAAGACUCAGUAUCAGGUGUUUGGAUGUCAGGGGAAAGAAUGGGAGAGAUUAGCACUCAAAAAGGCUCAACUACCGCGACUGGCUCUGCUGGUGGCUUCUGGAUUGGACUUUGGUCUCCAGACGGCAAGCAGGUGGUGAGCCUUGGCCGCACCGGCAGCUGGAGAGUAUGGCAGCACGACUCCGACGCGGACGCUUGGAUUCAGAAAUUCGGCAUCUCUGGCCAUGUACGCUCGGCUCAUGGCGUGCAAUGGGAGCCCAGCGGCGGCUAUCUACUUUCCACCAGCGCUGAUCAAACCACACGGCUUCAUGCUCAGUGGCUGCGUGACAAUAAGCGCUCAUGGCACGAGUUCUCUCGCCCUCAGAUUCACGGAUACGACUUGAACUGCAUUGACACAUUGGGACCAGCUCAAUUCGUGUCAGGCGCAGACGAGAAGCUUCUACGGGUCUUUAAUGAGCCCAAACAGAUCGCAGAGCUGCUCGAGAAGCUGACGGGCUUCCGACAAACGAUUGAGGGAGACAUGCCAGACACAGCUGAGAUUCCAGUCUUGGGUCUUUCGAACAAAGCUCAAGGAGACGAAGCCCCGGUGGAAGAAAAAGAAGAAUCCAGCGGAGUGGCACGGUUUGCGCCUGCUGCUUCGUUAAUUACUGAAACCCCGCCCCUCGAAGACCAACUAUCUCGGUACACACUGUGGCCAGAGCAUGAGAAACUCUACGGUCACGGCUAUGAAAUCUCCGCCGUCGCCGUGAGCCAUGACCGCGCCAUCAUUGCCACCGCUUGCAAGGCCAGCUCCGUCGAUCACGCAGUGAUCCGUCUGUAUGAUACAUCAGACUGGCACGAGAUCAAGCCAUCUCUCGCAGCACACUCCCUCACAAUCACUGACCUGUCAUUCUCCGACGACGACCAAUUUCUUCUGAGCGUGGGGCGAGACCGCCAAUGGGCAGUUUUUGCCCGAAGUGAACAAGACCCGACCACAUUCAACAGUUGGGCCACAAACCCCAAGGGCCACUCUCGAAUGAUCCUGGGCGCAGCCUGGGCACCGAUUACCACACAGCGCAUUUUCGCCACGGCUGGGCGUGACAAAUCCGUCAAGAUCUGGCAGAAGACCGAAGAUGCGUUCACUUGCAGGACUACUAUUGCUUUGAUAUCCGCAGGGUCCGCAAUUGCCUUCCUGCCCACGACAUACAAAGAUUCCUUUAUCGUUGCUGUCGGAGAGGAUAGCGGUGCCGUCUCUGUCCACAGAAUUGCCAUCGAUAACCUCGAAGCGCAGCACAUUGUGACCAUCGACCCGUUGAUUGCGCCGUCGAGGGCAAUUACGCAAGUAUCAUGGCGGCCCGUACCGACCGCCAAUGUGGAUAGCAGAACUCGGUUUGAACUUGCAGUGGCCAGCGAGGAUACGUCUACGCGCAUAUACGCCAUCUCCAACAUACUCUCAUGA